AUGAGUUAUCACAAGGCACAGGUCCUGCAGAGCUCUAGCAAGAGACGCCAAAAUAGCAGAUAUCUGGAAGAGGAUACUGCAGGAAUCAUAGAAUCAGAUGAAAACACUCCACAGCCUGGACCCUCUGGGUUGACCCAGGCCCACAGCCAGACAGCAGAGGACUCAGACUCAAAAUACUUAUCCUCUGCCUCUUUUGAAGACAAGCUUGAUCACAAUGAAUCCUGCAAGUCUCAAGAGAAUGCUCCUGAGAUAAGUGUGGUGGUCCCAGCCCAGGCAGAAAUUCCUCUGCUUCUGAACAUUUGUACUGUGUCUCCUCGGCCAGCGAGCUCAUUCUUGUUGAUGAGGAUGGUAAGGGAGGUGCAAAGGAACUCAACUGACAGUGAGUGCAGCGUGGACAGCAAAGCCCAAGAGGAAAGGGAGGAGGAGGCUGACAGCUCAGCAGAGCCUGCAGCUCUGGAGGACAGUUCCAGGGCCAGGACACUGGAGAUGCUGGACAGUGCCUUCAAAUGCAUGGCCUGCUGCGGGGUCUACCUCAGUUUAGAGGUCCUGCAGGUGCACGUGGAGCAUGGGGUCCAUGAGGGCUUUAGCUGCUGCACUUUCCAUCUUGCCUUAGCCCAGCUAAAGAGGAAAAGGAAUGGGAAAGGGAAGGAGAACAAAAUCAAGACGACAACAUCUGUAUGCAACAGGGAAGAACGCAUGGAUGUGGAAACAUCCUCAUGCACAUCAACAGACUGA